CCCUUUUUCCGCUUCUGGGGGUGCGGGAGACCAAUGGACGACGGUGGAAUGCAGAUUAUCAGCCAAUGAGCAGCUGUGGAAUGCAAAGCGUCGACCAUAGAGAGCGAGGGAAAUGUGGUGUGUGUUUGGUGGGUAAUGUUCAGUCGUCAGUGGCACCGAGAACAAGUCCCGACCGGGCAGCGGUGAGCAAAGCAGGGCGUUAGGCGAACUCUGCGCUCUUUUUAUAAAGGAGCAUUUGAAAUUUACAGACACUGAUUGCCAUUACACAGCCUUGCAAAUAGACGCAUCACGAUUAUAAAUUAGAUCCAUCAAGCACAAAGUUUCACAAACUGUGAACACAGUCCUCCGCAUAGAGAAUCGUGAUAUACAAACAUAUGCAACCAUCUCGUGUGUCGGUGACAGCUUCGUUUUGGAAAUCAGGUAAACAGGCGGGAGACCAUCGUGCAGAAAAUUUGCCGUGUCCCGUGGAGAAUCUCAUACAGAAAGGGAAAGAGCUCACUGACAAGCCACAGUGCGAUGCAGUGUGCAGAGCGCCGCUGAGGAAAUACCCAGAGGCUGUUGGACAUUCUUGUGGAUAGGCGGUGCGUGGAGGUGAAGUUACGGGAAGGUUCACCCGCUGUGCAGCAGAGCCCGCAAUCCUACCGGCCACGGGGAGAAGAACUCCUGCCUCCCGAAGCUCGCACGCUGCUGCUGCGAGUCCACUCUCCACUUGUUUCGUCCCGAUGUCUUAACGCGGUGACGACUGAUUAUUGUUUUGUUUUAAACAAGGCUUGAGACAGGGCCCAUCUUCUGGAAUAGACUAUAUCACAUAAUAAAAUGGAUUUGCAUUUGGUGGAUAUAUGGAAAUAGACUUUCAGAUGCAUGCCAAGUCUACAGUGAAUGCUGGAAGUUGUGAUCACCACAGAUGGAGGGCCGUAUUCAGCAUGGCGGUGGUGGUUCAUUGGUUGUGAUCCAGCAACCCUCUCUUGACAGCAGGCAGAGACUUGAGUAUGAACGGGAACUGCAGCACACUGCCAUUUUAUCCCUUGAUCAGAUUAAAGUAAUCAGGACAAGCAAUGAGUACACAGAAGGCCCAGCUACUGCAAAGAAGGCUGGUAGCAUUAGUACUAGCAGACCCACACAGCGGCAUGACAAACAUGAAAGGACUCACGAAGUGAUACCGAUCAAUGUGAAUAAUAACUAUGAACAUCGGUCCUCUCACCACACACAUGUUGGUCACCAUUCCUCCACCAGGAUGCCUGCCUUGAGCAGGUCAACCAGCACGGGUAGUGCAGCUAGUUCAGGGAGUAACAGCAGUGCAUCAUCUGAGCAAGGACUUUUGGGGCGAUCCCCACCAACACGGCUAACUUCCAGCCACCACAGACCAGACCGGACAAUUAGAAUACAACCUAAAUCAUCUGCUGGUACAACGGAGGAAUUGAAAUGCUUAGGAAAAGAGGAUUUGGCAAAACAUAGAUUUAUAUGUGAGCAAUGUGGGAAAUGCAAGUGCAGAGAAUGCACAGCACCAAAGACCCUGCCUUCAUGUUUGGCUUGUAACAGACAGUGCCUGUGUUCAGGUAGAGAGUACAGUGGAGUAUGUACAUGCAUGUGCUUGGUAAAGGGAAUCUUCUACCACUGCUCCAAUGACGAUGAGGACUCGUGUGCAGAUAAUCCUUGCUCUUGCACCCAUUCGCACUGCUGCUCCAGGUUCUUGUUUAUGGGUUUAAUGUCCUUAUUUAUGCCCUGUUUACUCUGCUACCUUCCAGCCAAAGGCUGCAUCAAACUUUGCCAAGGGUGCUACGAUCGUUUAAACAGGCCUGGAUGUCGUUGCAAGAACUCGAAUACUGUGUAUUGUAAACUUAAAAGCUGUCCCACUCAAGGAGAAGAUAAACCCUCUUGAUCCCAGGCAGCAGAGCUCUUUAACACUUUAUUUUAAUCAUUUUGAAAUCAUGCUUGUAUGUUUACCUGCUUCAACCUAGGACUGGAUAUCAACAAAAACAGCAACCAUUCUAACAACCCCUUCUACAAUAGAAAGAUGGCUACUAUUUACCAACAUGGCCUAAGAUUGUGAAUGUUGCUAAUAUCUACAGGUGAAGAGGCAUCCAAUUCCAUCAGAGGAGUAUACCAUUGCUUUCUUGCCUGCAAAUGGCCCCCUUAACUAACUUAAUUGAUGACAAAUUUUUCACGUAUUGAAAAGUAAACAACUUUUUUCUCUCCAAUCAUUAAAAAUGUUAGCAUAAUUGGAAUUAAUCAACCUGAUUGCAAGAGGACUUUGUCCCAUUUAAUAUGGAUGUCACAAUACAAUUCCUGAUUUUUUAAAAAAAAGCCAACUGGGGACAAUCACUGGUGCUACAAUCAAAAUGUUCUGUGUUGCACCAAUCUGGUUGCCACCAACUAUCUUCAUUUCAAAAAAGAGCCAAUUUUUAUGAGAUGUUUAUUAGUGAUAUAAUAUGUUAACUGAUGUUCAUUACUAUUUGUAAAUUUGCCAUCUAACAUUUCUAUUAUAUGCAAAACUAUCCUGAAAUAAUCAAAAGUAUAUAUUUCCCUACUUGCAAUUUACAGCAAGAAAAUAAUUGUGAAAAGUUGUGAGGAAACUAUUUCUGGAUCACCUCUAAACUACUUUAACUCCAGCAUAUUGUAUUACAUUAAUGGAGGCAAAUAAAUUGUUAGUGUGCUCUUGAUAUUGGAUUCAAGUUUUGGCACAUUGAAAGUUUAAAUGUCAGUACUUGGUGAACUGUUAUAAAUGUAGAUUAUGACCACCCUUUCUCCAUUGUGGGAUGCACUGAAUCAAUGUACCUUCAAAUUUUGUAGCGUAGCACAUGGGACAGGUUCUUAAUGCAUCUUUAUGUGUAAGAAAAUGAGGGUACUUUAAUUGCUAGGAAAAAAAACACAAUAAGAAUUGUUUUAAUAAGGAGAUAAAAACUUCUUUUUAAUCAACAUUUUCAUUUCAUACCAACCUAAAUAACAAAUAAAUUUCAGUUCUGAACAGAGUCCAGCAUAUUAUAAAUCUCUUUAUUUUAAAGGAUAAGCUGCUUCUAGUUUUAAAUUUCAACCUAACCUGCUUUCGACAUUGAAUGUAGCGGGUGAUUUAUUGGUGAGUUUUAUACAAAGGAACAAAAUUAUCUUUUGAAACAUAGUAAAUAAGUAUCAGAUGCAUUGGCAAAAUUCAAAUAGGCUCUUGAUAUGUAAAUUAAUUAAUCUUUUAUUGUGACAUCUAUAAUUAAAUGUUGGGUUGCCUUUAAAAUAAUAGGAUUAUAUUCUGGUUUAUAUGGUCAAAUUUGCCCCAUUGAGCUCUCAGUGCUUCAGUCUUGCCAAAUUCUGGCUUUCUUUGUGUAUAUAUUUUAUGUAAAAAAGUUUUGAGGAAUCCUGACUGUUUUUAAAAUUCUCAAAACUUCUUUUGUUGUAAAGAGUAUUUAUUAUGUGAAGCUCUAUUAUUUUAUGGUAUUUAUUUUGAAAAGCUGUCUGAAAAUUUACUCAUUUCUGAAUAUAACAAAUAUCAUUACUUACUGAGAAAAAUUAAGGGUGACACAAAAGAAAAUACAUAUGUUAACUAUAAGGCAGAAAUAUAUAAAUUAAUGAAAAUA